GCCAUCGAGUCCCAGUUUGCGAGGGAAGCCCCGAGCGGAGUGAGCAGACGGACUGGAUGCCAAAAAAAAAAAAGUUACCGGAGAAGCUUGCAGCGAAGAAGAACCGAUAAAGAGGACCACUUCCUGUGUGUCAGUGAAAUGAGUCUAAGCACCAGUGAGAUGGAGGACCUGUGGGAGUCUUUGGGCUACCUCAACUUCACCGACCCCGUGUCCAACAUUUCCAUCGUGGACGCCAUGGUGUGCACCACGGCCUUCAACCGCCGUGCCCUGCUCCACUCCAUGUGCGUCCUCUACACCUUCAUCUUCGUGGUGGGUCUGGCGGCCAACGCUCUGGUGCUGUGGGUCAACGUGCGCGCUCAACGGGACUCCACCCCUCGCCACGAGACGCACACAUACAUCGCCCACCUGGCCGUGGCUGACCUGUGCGUGUGCGCCACCCUGCCCGUGUGGGUCAGCUCGCUGGCCCAGCACGGACACUGGCCUUUCGGGGAGGUAGCGUGCAAACUCACGCACCUCCUCUUCUCCGUCAACCUCUUCGGGAGCAUCUUCUUCUUGGCGUGCAUGAGUGUAGACCGCUAUCUGAGUGUGACGCGCCAUCGUGAGAACCAGGACGGAACGCGCGGGAAGCUGAUCCGCCGUGUGGUAUGUGUAGGGGUGUGGCUUCUGGCGCUGGUCGCCUCCUUGCCGGACACCUACUUCCUGCGUACCGUCAAGGCUUCACAUGGGGACAGCAUGCUAUGCAGGCCCGUGUACCCGGAGGAGAACCCCAGGGAGUGGAUGGUCGGCAUCCAGCUGAGCUUCAUCCUCUUGGGGUUCAUCCUCCCCUUCCCUGUGAUCGCCGUCUUCUACGCCCUGCUGGCCCGAGCCUUCGCACGCACGUCGUCGUCGGCGUCGGCGUCAGCGUCCUCCACCGUGGAGCAGGAGCGGCGUCUGAGCCGCAGGGUGAUCCUCGCCUACAUUGUGGUUUUCCUGGGCUGCUGGGGUCCGUAUCACGCCGUGCUCCUGGCCGACUCGCUCUCCCAGCUGGGCGUUCUGCCGCUGACCUGCGGCCUGGAGAACUUCCUGUACGUGGCCAUGCACCUCACCCAGUGCCUGUCCUUGCUGCACUGCUGCUUCAACCCCAUCCUCUACAACUUCAUCAACCGCAACUACCGCUACGACCUCAUGAAGGCCUUCAUCUUCAAGUACUCCACGCGGACUGGCCUGGCGCGCCUCAUCGAGACGUCCAACGUGUCCGACGCGGAGUACACCCCUGUGGCUGUGGACAACCCCGCCGCAGAUAUGAGGAAUUGAAAUCAUUUCAAUGCAGUCCAAUAUUAAAGCUACAGUUUUCAUCAAAGUGACAUUGACGGACGAAAUAGGAAAUCCUGUGAACGGACGCGCAUCAAAUUGAUGGACUGAUUGCAAAAAAGCACUUAGGGAGCAGUUUGAUUAUUGAUAUGUACGUAAAUAUCGUAUUGUUACUCAUUUGUAAAGCCAAACCUCAUAUUUGUACGCUUGUUUUGUGUGUUUAUAAUCAGGCGGACAUCAUCACAAUGACACGUUUAAUCACGUUAUUUAUACUCAUUUAUAACCGACGUUGUUACUCGCAAAAACUUGAUGUUACGAAUCAUUCUUACAGUGCACACACUGGCGGGCUCGUUGUUCGAGUCCUGCUGUCACACGUUCGCUAUGAAAACCUCGUUAUUACGUCAUGUCAGUUGAAGUCGUUACAGUACAGUCGUUGGCACCCCACGGGGGGCUAGCUGUAAAUGACGUGGAUGGACAUGCUAGCAUCGUCCAAGUUUUAUAAUCAUUAUAAAAAACGGCUACAAAGUUGUUUUUCUUGAUGGCGACCAUGUUUUUCAAUCAAUACUGCGCAGAUUUUCCAGACACAUUCCCGCCAGUCCCGUAAUGGUGUACACAGUCUGAGGGUCAUUCAACCAAACACUCUACGGUUACAGUGUCCUUUGUGGUCAAAAUUUGGCAUUUAAUAACAAUAGCCACGUUUACAUGAGGAGUUUUUCUCUUUCCGAAUGACCUUUCCGAACAAUGGUAUCCAUGGAAAGGAAUAUUCCAAUCACGUGUCUACAUGCGCCGCUAUAAUCAACCAGAAUAGUCAAUGGGGCAUGCCCAGUAAAACGUAAACACCAACAUCACGUGAUACCGACUUCCUGGAGUUUUUCUUCCACUUGUUGGAAUAACUCCGUAUUGCCAGUUUUUCCUUCGUCCAGUCUUGGAAUUUAGUUUGAAUCCAAAACAAACUUUCCUUAGCAGUCCAGUGCCGAUUGCUGGCCUCCAUUUUUUUAAAAGUGAAGAACGUCUGGAGCUGCGUGUUACGUCAUAUCUCAGCAUUGGCUGAAAGAACGCACCCGGGAACAGGAAAAGAUAAAGUUGAAUCUUGCUAAUAUUUGAUAAUGAAGCUGGGCACAUGUUUUAUAUAAAUAUGUAUUUUCUUUUGGAAUAAAAGUGGACUUGUGAAUGGCGUAUAGAAGGGUUUAGAUUCUGUUCCACAGAUGGCGCUAAUGCACACCAAAGCUGCUUGCCAACCGCCAAUAAACAACAGAAGAAGAAGAAGAACGCAGUCUGACAACUUUCCGUUUGAGCGGGUACAAGAUACCUCAAUCGGAUUGGGGAAAGGAAUAUUCCACCCCUGGGAAUCCCAUUAUAUAUUCAUUGGGAUUGGCACUUUUCUUUGGGAAUGAGGUGUAUACAAAGGUUACAUUCUUAACCGGAAUGGAAUCGGAAUAUUUGGGUCCAUGUAUACGUGGCUAGUGCCACCAACCUACAGGGACCUCCAAUAACUGAGACGUUCUAAUUUUUUCACAUGACUGCUCGGUUCUUAAAUAUAAAUAAUGCCACAACGCAACCACUCCGUGUGUCCGCGCUUACUUUUCGGAGCCUCUUUUCCGACAUGAAUGUCUGCUAAUUAGCCAAGCUAGCAUGCUUUGUUACCAUGCUUUAAAAAUGACAUUAUUUCUGAGUUUUAUUUUUAGCAUACUAGCAUUGUAUUACAGAGAAAAAGGUCACCAUUGGAGUUGUGUUUCCAUUACCCAUUGGAGGCGGAGCCAAUAAAUACCCUCAUUUGACCCUUUCUCUCCCAGGAGACCAAAGCCGCAUAUGAAGUGUUUUGCAGCGUGUGAAUAGACGGGUUAUUACAGUGUAAUAAAGCCAUUAUCGUUACUUUGGCAUUGACAGGAGGCUUCAACCGGAUGAAAUAUGACAACCGUGCUGUUUGUGUGGAAUUGAUCGUGCUGCAUCAGCACGUUGGGGCCACACACUUGACUGACUUUUACAACCAAAUAGCGAAAUAGCUUUACUGCUCUCGUGCAGGCAGCAGCAAACAACAACAAAGAGUUUAUUAGGGACCAAAUAAAGUGAGUUUGUGAGUGUGUGUAUGUGUGUGUGUGUAUGUGUGUGUGUGUGUUUGACACAUACCCCAUCAUCGACGUGUGUGUGCAUUUCAUGUUUUGACUGCAGGAGACGUGAACAUGCCUACAAGAUCACACGCAUUUCUUUGCUAUUGUAUAACAUGUUAUAUUAAACGCAGAUACAAUAUUUUGCCUCAAUACUUCCUGGUUGAUAUCAUAAUAAUAUGACAACUGUAUAAUCUCGAUGAGAAAGUCAGUGCAGUAGGAGUCAUCGUCCCCUGAAGGCAUCGAUUUCCGACAACAAACCAUCAAUCCAAGGAAGACGACGUCAUCGUGCGACAUUGACUUUGCUGCCCCGCCUCCCUCAGCGUUUCUUUAACCUCACCGCGUGACCUUCUGUCCUACGAGGGCGUCAACGCCCUGCCACUGUUGUCCUCAGGAUACGUGAUAACCCUCUUUUGGUCCGACCUCGUUGCAAUCAUCGCCAGUACUUCAGUCUUUCCGCUCAUCGGUGGUUUCUAACCCAACCCCC